AUCCUUGAGCUUGCUCCACAGCCAGAGCAGCACGCGGUUUAACUAGAGGAAACUUGCCAAGUGUGCUGUCACUCCAGGAUGGCAGGUAUGUCCAAAUGCUUCCCUACAAGGAAUUCCAGUGAAUCUGCUACAUUAGUGAGUUUGUUAGGCUCAGAAUAGAAUUUUGCUAUUAGGUGUACUUAUCUAUGUACUUGGUGAUAUUUUCUCUAAGGAUUUCCUGCUGUUCACUUUUUCUCCAGAAAGGGGUUUGGUUGCAACUCGUGAGGUGCCUUCAGUCUGCCCUUUAUUGUAGGGAUGCACUGAUGUUCUCUCUCCAGACAGGUGCCUCUGUGUACAAGGGAUCAGCUUGCUGCUGUGGGCACUAUUACUGGUGUGGGCCAACAGAAAUUUCGUCAACUAAACUUUGCUGUUGGGACAUGUGCCAUGUCCCUUGACUAACUUCAGUAGAGAGAAGCAGGUUUGGGCAUUAGGCCAGAGAGGUGACCUGCUUUCUGUUAGGCAUCUAGAAACAUACAGGAGUGAGUUAUAUGGCUUAUCCCCAGCUGGACUCUUAAAUGCAACUCUUAAAUGGGUUAAAUGCAACAACACUUCUGUCAAGUUGGAGGAUGACUGUUAAUGGUUUCUCUGUGUCUGGGAAGAGACAAGAAUUGCAUGGCUCUUACUUUUAAGUGGGAGGUAGUUCUUUGAUGCAGGUAAAACCUUAAUGGGGCACUGGGGAGCUCAGCGUGCUAUCCAUCAUGCAUUAAGAAGGAUGACUAAUCCUCCCUUUGUAUUUGAGGUUGGAGAAUUACUUUCUAUCUAAUGGUCAUUAAGGUGAAUGAGAAGGAUGAGCUACGUGAUGAGGUACAAGUAAGCAUUUGGAGCAGUGUGCUCUUAGGUUGUCAGGAUUCGGUUCAUGUCAAACCUUGAGGAAAAAAAAUUGCCAGCCAGUCUCAGUUUCAAGACUGUUCUUGAAAGAACCCUUAGCCUCGUGGGAAUUUCUGUUUCAAGGUGAAGUAGUAGAGCAGGAGGCCUGCCAGUGACUUCACUGCUGAAACAGCUUUUGUGCUAAUGAAGUGUUCCAUGUAUUGUUAAAUCUUGUUUUAGCAUGUCCAAGCCACUCACAAAGCAAGCUGGUCAUGGAAAUCCAGUUUGAUCCAGGGCUGUGGUGCUGAAUGGGCAUCAGGUGGAAGUCCUCUCAUAUCCUUGAGUAGACAAGGCAGAUGGCCCAGCAGGUGGCAGGACAGCAGUGGUGAGGUGGCUUUUCAGGUUGCUGAAUGUAACCCUUUUUGCCUUCAAGCUUGAUACAAAAGCUGGGUGGUCUAGUUAGUACAUUGCUAGAUGCCUUAGCUGGGGUGAAGAUUUCUGCGCCAGCUUUAAGUCCUAGGGUGAUGUCCCCAGAGCACUGGAAUUGUCAGCCAGGAACAGGUGUAGGAUGAGAGAGUAGUUAUUGUAAUGAUUCGACUGUAGAAUUAAUGUAGCAUGCUACAUUUUGUCUGAUGUGAGGCUUUUAAGGAAUCAAAGUACUGUUGGGUGUGGUGGCUUUACUUGGUAUUUUAGGCUUCGGAUAUCCUGGACAGCAUACGUUUAUUCCAUGUUUGGAAGGCUGUGGUGGACUGAACGGUGGGUGGCAGUGGCUGCCUUAUAGCUUUUAAGUUGGUGCUUGUGUGCAGCAAAUCUUGGCUAAGCUGUACAAACCAGCCAGCCUCCUCAAAAGGAGUCAGGGCUUCAGUGGCAGCUGAGAAAGAGGUGACCGUACUUUGGCUGAGGCUCGCCAGCCUUAGAAAGGAGAGAAGCUUAGAGAUACUGAAGGGUUUAGUAGCUACAUAAUUGUUUCUCAAGAAUUCUCACUUGUUAAACUCUGGAAAUUCAAGGCAUCUUAUCUUCUUCUGCUUGCUCCAAGGUAUACUGCGUUUUAAGAACAGAUCUCCUGUUUCUUCCUCUUUGUAUACACUUCUUAAGUUCUUUUCAUGUACUUCAAACUCAGUUUCCUAAUUGGAAACUUUCCACUGAUGUCAUGGGAGCUUUCUGUGGCCCACAUCAAAUAGUUUGGUUCACCAGGAAUUAAAUGACUGUACAAAUGUUUAUAUUAAACACUUAUUUAGAAGGCAUGUUGAUUUAUGAGGACCUAUGAUGACUAUGGUAUGUUGGGAGGAUAGGUUGACUGUACAGGCUUUUGUGUUGUCUUUGAACUGUAAAAAGUACCAGCAGCUGUGUAAUGCUCAGAUAAGACAACGGAGGGCUGCUUACAUCUAAUGCACUUGCUCCAUCACUGACUCUUGCAGUGUUUCUUAUCUCUCACACUGGAGAGGUUUUUGAAUAUGUAACCUUAAUGGAAAAGACUCAGACAGCAGUGUCUGGAAUAGUCAGAGCAGAAAGCAGCCAGCUUAAUUAUAGGUACUGGAAUUUCUGUUUUUGAGAGGAAACCCACAGUUUAGUCUGCUGAGAAUCCCAAGGGAAGGAAGGAGGAGAUGGUGAACAUCUAUGUUCUUCACACUGUGCUUACUCAGGCUUCUGUGGUGGUGUCAGGGCACUUGAAAGGUAGAAAGAAAAGGGAUAAAUACUAUCCUGGAAUUUCCUCCCCAGUAUACCUCUGACAUUGAGGACCAUCAUCUCUUUUCUUCCCUGAAGGUGAUUGUGCUCCUUUAUAAUUUAAAAGAAAGACCUUUUGGAAAGCUGCUUGGGGUGGUAUGGAGUCUUCCUUAUGAACAUGAUGUGCUAGUAGGUAUCUUUGGAGUAGGCUGACUUAGCAGAUAAUUUACAAAACUUGCUGAGCUUCAUUGCCGUGUGUAUCUUCCCUGUGAAAUAAGUGAGUAGGACAGAUCCGUGCCUCUGAGGUGGGCAGUGGGUAAGUCUUCAAUAAAGCCCAAACUGUGUUCAGUUACUCACUUUGCAGAAGGCAAAAUGCUUUUGAAAACUUAAUGUUUUAUAUGCCUUACCGGAAGAGUAAGGCUGUAGGUAUGGCUUUGAUAUCUGACAUUGAACAUAUUGGUGGGCAGAAACUUUUCAGGCAAAGCAUAUGUGAAUGUUUUUUUUAACUCUUUCCAGAAGUUACAAUAUUGGACUGCCAUCAGACUGAACCAACUAAAAAGCCAAAAGCAUCCAUGCAUAAAUUGAGACCUCUAGGACAUUACUCGGCCUUGAAUACAGGCUAACUGCUUGAUCCCUAAAGGGGAUUCCAUUCCCUUUACACACAUUUUCCUUACAGUAUCCUUUCUGAAAUGGCUGUUGUAAAAGCUGCCGUGGCUAUUUUUAAUUGCAGUGUUCUUAUGUUCCAGAAUCAUGCUUCUUGGUGUAGCUGUUGAUGCUGAGGUUUUGGGGGAUAAGUAUUCUUGUGGCUGGGGCUGAAGAUGGAUUACUCCAUUGUGGACUUGAGUCUGAAUAACUAAACUAAACUGGCCUAGAGUAAAAACUUCAUGUACUUUCACAUUUGAUCUGAAACAGUGACUAUAUAUGUGUGUGUGUGUGUUUGUAUUCUUGUUGCCACAGUUUGUGUGAUGUGCUUUAGUCCAUUUCACUUUGUUUCUCUGGUUUCAAAUUUGAUUUGUCUAGUUGCACUAUAUGGGGACAAAACUUCAGGCAGCCAGGCUAGAACAGCUUUGAGAAGUUCUGCUGUUAUGUGAAGCCUUGUGCAAUUCAGGGUGAUGUAAGAACCCAGAUGAAGCUUUUGGUAACCCUGCUUAUCUCAAACGGUUGUAGUGAUUUCCAAGGACCCUAUCAGGUAAUGGUGAAAGCAAAACAUUGCAUCAUAUUGAGACUGCCCAGCUGUAGCCUUCAUUCAGAUGUGCAGCGUCUCUUCCUAAUUACGGUAUGUCCCAGGUCAAUUAUAUUUAAACACAGUCUAACCAUGCCCUUAAUUUUUUUUGGCUAAUGACAAGGCAGAAAUCUAGUGAGACAUCAUCCCAGAAUGCUCUGCUUUGGGGAGUUUGUGUAAGUUCCAGUAAAGCUGGCAGUGUGAGCUGUCUCUUGUGUAAUCUGUCUGCCAGGAGCAUCCUCUUAGCUCAGCACUUUAUUGAGAGUGGCUGUGGGGUGGUUUGUUGCUUGUGUGCGUGGUUCUGAGCAUGCUGAUGGAGUGGUUUGCUAGAUGUUGACAAAUAUAUCAGCACUAGUUUGCAUAUUUAUCUGGCUAUCUCUGUGAAUUUUUGCUCAUGUAAGCAGUUUGAGUUGCAUCGCUUCUGGUUGCAACUUCAGGAGUGAGGUUAGCACAUCAUUUUCAGAGAAUGGCAAUGAAUUGAGUCAGGCUGAGUGCACUGUGUUGGCUUCUCCUUUUUGCUUGAUUGUUUCAACCAUUUUAAAGGUUAGAUAGAAAUAUAGGUUUCCAUGUUAGCUGCAAAGGUAACCAAUGAAAGGAUGGAGAUCAUCAAUGCCCUUGCAGAAAUCCUUGGCUGAAAUCAAAACAAAUGUGUAUGCAUGGUAGUUGAAUGUGGGCAGCCAAAGCAUACACAUAGCAUUUAGAUUUUGUAAAUCAUAUGGUGGAUUCAUGUUUUACAGAUAAUCUUCAUGCAAUGUGCUUGCGCUUUGUAGUGUUGUUCUUUCUGGUCCCUUAUGGGUGCUUGCACCAAGCCUUAAUAGAUUAAGUUUUUUUGCUGCUUAAAAAGUAGAGGGAAAAAAAGCAAGAAGGCCUUUUCCCCACCAAAAAUGUCAGGAUGGCAGGUUGUGAGUCUAUGUAAGAGGCGCUUAGAUGGUCUUGUCUCAGAGGUACUGAGGCCAGAAGAAUGAGGUGUUUAGAUAUUCUUCUCUUUCAGUUGUGUGAACAGAACAUAAACUCUCACUUGGUUAUUUUGCAAUGGAAGCCCGUUGUACAACAUGAGGAGGCUGCACUUCCUCAUAGCUUUUCCAUGCUAGGAAGGUUGCUGUUCUCUGCCAUACUGUAUGAGCUGCCAGUAAAUCUGAUUAAAGGUUACAGAGAUGCAGAGCACAGUUGAUGUACCCUUGACGCACUUCUGUGACAAACUCAGUGGCUCUGUGUUGCUGUUACAGGUCUGGACUUGAGCACAGUAUCUAAAAAUUUGUAUUAUAUAACAAACUCAUGGUGAUCCUGACUUGACUUUUUGCAGAGAACAGACAGUUCUAGGCAGACAAGAAAUGCCAAUGCUUUUUUCCUUUCUUUACUGGCUGUGUUGCAAACCAUUUAUGCCAAAACAUUCUGGAGGCAUUCUGCCAUGGUGUGACUCUGCUUCCUUUCUGCUGAGGGAGAUCCCUCGGAAACUGCUUUCACUGUGGAGGCUUGGAAAGGAAGAGGGAAUUGAAAGCUGUGGUGGGGGAUGUUCUGGACUUGAGCAAGCCAAGGUGCUUGAUUACACUGGGUAGCAGGUUUAGAUUUGUCUAGACUCUCAACUGGCUGUUGCAGUGGUUGAAGAAGAAAAAUUGCAUCUUCCAAUUGGAUUUAGAGUGGGUUUUUCCAUGGCUUUUAUUAUGUUUUAAGGCUUGUUGUUGUUCCCAGGUCAAACUUAAAUAGAAAACAUAAGACUGCUGCCAGCUUUCUAUCACAGACACCUUUUAUCUUGCAUUCAUCUCUUCCAAGCAGAUGCUGCUUUCAUUUCAUCUAUUUCUUGCUACAAGACUGAAAUUAACAGCCCUUUGAUGUACAGGGAGAAAUGGUAUUUCAAAGCAAAGUACCUAGUGAUCUUUGAUAAUAGAACUGUUUUUUAUAUUGAAUUUAAUUCUGCAUUCCUUCUAUGAAACUAAUCUGAACGGUGGAAGCUCCCAAUCCCUGUUUGCUCAGAGCUGUCCCUCCUUGCUUGGGAACAUCGUUGGCUGUUCUGUUUGGGUUAUGAGGUACAGAUGAAGCUGGGCUCAUCACCCUGGGGCUGUGCAUGGGGAAUAGGCAGACACUGGUGUGAUGCAGUGCUCCUGCAGAUUGUUUUCUUCCCAGCUGAUAAGAUUCAGUGCAUGGUUUAGUAUUGCAAGAGUGGCAGCCACACAGCUCAAGGUGGAGUACAGCAGAGGAAAGGAUCUGAGGAGAACAAGUCUUCAGACACUUUGUUGUGGUAGUGAAGCAAUCCAUAGCCGCUAGCCAGACAGACUUCUUCCGAGUCCACCCUGCCCCCCCUAAUCUUCCUGUCUUCAAAGACUUGUACUGAGCAUGAGGUUUGUGUGAACAUCCAGCUUUUGGCUUUCAUGUUUUCCACUUAAAAAGAUGAGUUCUGUUCCUGUAAGGUGGAGCACUUCCUAAAGGGUGAUGUGGCUGAACUGCAUGCACGGGAGUAUUGUUUCCAAGGGGUGUGCUGACCCUUGCAGGGAGGGCUGCUGAUGGAUAAGUCUGAGCCACAGGAUGGUUCAUGGAGCAGGUGGCUCAGGGAAAUGGAGAAUUCCAAAAUUUAAGCUCUGACUGGCUUGGCAAUCAGUCAGGAUACAAAAGAAAUGAUUGGCUGCCUUUACAUGUGAUGUUACAGGAGCUAUCUGAUGCAGAGUAGGCACAUCCUGAGUAUGGGUUACUCAAGCAUAGAGACUGGGGGAUAAUCCAAACAUUUCUGGAGAUGAAUUGCAAAAGGCUUUUUUUUUUUUUUGCAAGUCAAUAUGCUUUUUGCUGUCUGCCACAUCCUACUAAAACCUGCCAGACUUACUGAAGGAGGCUGGAGAAAGCUUUUUUUCUGAUAGUCAGAUGCUGGAGGUAUUAAAGAAUCUGACCAGCUUUCAGGCUAGAAAGACUAAACUUGAUUUAAAGAGGCUGGGGUAAUUGUGUGAACUUGUGCUUUGGAUGCACGUGCAGGGGUGUUGACUUCUGAAAACAUCCUUUGGCUAAGUGAAUAGAACAGCUUUCUAAACAGUCUGUGAAAAAAGAUCACUUCCUCAGUGACUCAACUGUCUCCUCUUGUGAGGUUUUUGUCUUCAGUAGCGACACUCUCAGUCUCCACAGACCUCCACAGGGCAGGAAGGACCUGAAUUUAUAGUCUGAGAAAGCUGGGAAAGAUCUACUGGGUGUUCAUACAUCAGGAUGUACCUUCAUUCCUCUUUUUCAACACUUAACAAGCCCAGGAUGAAGUGAUCUGGGUAAACAGUGUAGAAAAAAGCUGUUUUUUUCCAUGUGGCAAGGCAAUACUGACCAGUGGACAUCUUGACAAGGUCUCUGAGCAACGUUUCCUGUAGAGCUGAAUGAAAGCAGAAGCAGCUGGGUGAAUUGAUGAGCUUGCCUUGGGAGCCUCUAAGUAGGCAAAAUCGGAACCCACAAUGGGUCAAAAGGUCACAGGUGGGAUAAAGACUGUGGAUAUGAGGGACCCAGUAUACAGACCAUUGAAGCAGGAGCUCCACAGACUUGACUACAGCAAACCCACGCGUCUGGACUUGCUACUGGACAUGCCUCCUGUAUCGUAUGAAGUCCAGUUAUUGCAUUCAUGGAACAAUGAUGAUCGCUCGCUGAAUGUAUUUGUGAAGGAGGAUGAUAAACUCAUAUUUCACCGGCAUCCGGUGGCUCAGAGCACAGAUGCUAUCAGAGGCAAAGUAGGAUACACACGAGGACUGCACGUGUGGCAGAUAACGUGGGCAAUGCGGCAGCGAGGCACACAUGCUGUGGUAGGGGUGGCAACAGCAGAUGCCCCUUUGCAUUCUGUAGGGUACACCACACUUGUAGGAAAUAACCAUGAAUCGUGGGGAUGGGACCUCGGGCGCAACAGACUGUACCACGACGGCAAGAACCAGCCAAGUAAAACCUACCCUGCCUUCCUAGAACCAGAUGAAACUUUCAUUGUGCCAGAUUCCUUUCUGGUAGUUCUGGACAUGGAUGAUGGGACACUGAGUUUCAUUGUAGAUGGGCAAUAUAUGGGUGUUGCCUUUCGGGGACUUAAAGGGAAAAAGCUGUAUCCAGUGGUAAGCGCAGUGUGGGGACACUGUGAAAUAAGGAUGCGCUACUUGAAUGGACUUGACCCUGAACCACUGCCUCUGAUGGACUUGUGUCGGCGAGCUGUGAGGCUUGCUCUGGGCAAGGAAAGACUGAAUGAGAUCCCUACCCUGCCGCUGCCAGCCUCCCUCAAGAGUUACCUGCUCUACCAAUGACCUUCAUGUUCUGGGACAGAGAGUUGAAACCAAGGCAAAAUGUCUGGAGCUGACCCACUGGGCAGUGGGUUUGCCACCCUCGUGUCAUUGCUACUGUUGGAAAUCCUUGGCCAAAGUACUCCUGUUACUGCUAAAAAUCUCCAUGUGCCCUUAUUGGCAAGCUCUCGAGUAGUCUUUAUUUCACGACUGAGCGUUUUGUUCUUUGGAAGUCACUUCCCCAGCACAGUUUAAAGAAGGAAAUUUGACAGAAGCUCUGUGCUUCCCUGCUUCUCCUGAUAAAAGGCUGUACUGCAUCCUUGGGGUCAUAGAGCCUGGGAGUGAGCCCUUCUAUACCAGUUUAAGGGAAGAACAUAGUUUGGGGAAGGGACAGCACUAGGAGUGGAUAUCUUAAGACUAGGUGCUAAGAUUGGAAAGGCAUGGGGUGGCCAGUGGAAUAGGGAGGAGUCUGGAAUACAAAGAGGAAAUCAUUGCUGAGUUCUUAAAAACCAAAAAAAAACCCUGACACCAAAACCAAGACCCCUUCCACCAGGAUGCUUAAUUUGGAGGAGGUGGUUAUACUGCUCAUGUCUGUCUCUGCCAGGACCUCUCACCGUGUUCUAAUGUUACUUCAUAGAGAGUGAAUCUUGCUUUCCUGUUUAUCACCAUCACCUUCUCAGUUCUCCUGCUCUAUUCUCUGUCCGGCUGCUUCUGAGUGGGUGUCUCAGCUGAUUGAGCAGCCACCUCAUGUCUUCACCUGCCCUCUUCCUCUUGACUUAAAGCUGUAGGUUUUAGUUCCUUGCUGAUGUGGGGACAAAGAAGGGACAAACAUUUCCUGCAAAGCACUCCUUGGUGAGACAGGCUGCAUGAGCUCUGAGACUUGUUAUACAGCUGUAGGUCUUGCCAUCUUAUGUCUGCUUUCUGUUUAGCCUGUUCCAGGUUAAAUCUUUAGAGAAACGUAGUGGUUCUCUAAUGACUUCCAGGGAAUUUUCUUCCUGAAUAGACCACUUAGUCACCCAAACCAGGCUUUCUUCUACUGUAGACCAUCAGCAUAAUCUCCACUUAGCUAUGCAGCAGGAAUAGUUCUGUUUCUUGCUUAGGAUUUGGGGAAGUCAUCCCAGAGAAAGCGGUAGCAGUGUGACUACAGUAGUGCCAUAGGAAGACCAGAAAUCCAGAAAGUGGUUGCUACAGAAUGUAACUUGUGAGACUUUAAUGUGCUGAUCUUCAGGCACAGCAAGAAGAGAACCUCUCCAGAGCUGGGGGUUUGGCAGGGGAGACCUUCAAUAAACAGGACUAGCAAUUCAGGCAAAAUCAGCACGUCCCAAAUAGAUUCUUGCCUCAGUAGCCAGGGAAAGAGAGGAUGACGCUCCUUUACUAGCAGGAGCUGCUCUCUUGACCUCUCCGCAGGUUACUAUGCUGCCUUUCUGAGGUUAUUUUGCACAUUUCUUUGUCUUGAAAAAAUGUUUGUAUGGUUGGUUUUUUUUUUUUGCUCUUGAGUUAUUCCCUCAGUUCUGUGUAGGUACAAAUGAGUUUAGUUGUUGAAAAUGUUAAUAUAUGUAUUUGUGGUGUAUGUAUAAGAACAUGUUUUAAACAGCUGCUGUAGGGUACCUUUUUAAAAUUAACUACUUGCAUAGUAUAUUUUUAAAGCACAGAAUUGGUGCCAAGACUGGGUGGGGUGUGAUAUGCCCCUUUUUUAAAUCUAAUAUUUUAUGGUUUUUUUUAACAUAGGGGUUUGUACUAGUUUCUGUUGCAGGGUGGGACACAAAUUGCACAAUAAAAUACAAUGUGUAUGGAACUCUACUUGGUUGCCUUCAGCUUGAACCAGUGUCUUCCCUAACUCCUAGGAAGGAGCUGUGUUCUCCCCACUUCUAAUACUCUUAUGCUCUUCUGUCUCCAUCUCUUCUCACUUCUCCAUUACAUUUUGUACAGUUUUAAACUCUCACUUCCUAUUUUAUGGCUGUAGAUAAUACUCAAUAACCUAAUAAACUUUAUUAAAUACUG